GUCAUGAACUGCCUGCAGGCCUCCCAGGACAGCCUCGGGGGGGACGUGUGCGCCAUCGAGGGGCUCCCGCCGCUGCCCAAGGGCCUCAGCGGCAUCCUCAACUCGAGCGGGGGCUCCUGGCGGGAGAUCGAGAAAGUGUACAGCAAGAAGACGCGCAUCCAGGACGACCUGAGCAAGUCCCAGGCCGCGUCGGAGAAGCGGCUGCUCCGGAGCAAGCCGGCCAACCUCGACUCGGCCCUGGCUGUGCUGCGCAAGGAGAUGGUGGGGCUCCGGCAACUGGACAUGUCCCUUUUGUGUCAGCUGUGGUCCUUGUACGAGUCGAUUCAGGAGUACAAAGGUCUCUUUCAGGAUAUGUCAUCCUCACUGCACUCUGAAGGCAGUCUGGCUGCUGAAAACGGCUUCUCUGAUGAGGAGGAAGACUUCGAGGUGGAUCCAUCUAGCCCAGAUGGGCAUAAGGAGAAUGCCUUGGGUCAGCGACUCCGUCUUCUGCAGCCCCAGAACUCUCGGGACCAGUGGCUGCAGGACUCCUUCCAUAUCACCAUCUGAGGUGGCCUCUGCCACGGAAUUGCCUUUCCCUGUGACUUGGUAGAAAAUCUGACAGUACAUUAGGAAUCUUUUUUGUAGGGU